AUGACGACGACGUCGAUGGAGAAGAAAAAGAAGAUGAGAUCGAACGAUAUAACAGAUGAUUAUGGAGCCAAAUCGGACAAAACAAUCUCGACUAAUAAUGCCAUAAAUCUCAUUUCUAAAACUGUACAAAAUACUGGACGUAGUAGCAGACGAAAACAAUUGGCACCUCGUUCACGACUUGCUCGUCAGUGUGAUCUAUGUGAUUUCUCGACCACAGUUAUGAAUGAGUUUCGAAACCAUAUGAAAUUCGAACACGGUCAUGAAGAUAUAUUUCUAUGCGAAACGUGUCGCUAUUAUUCGCCGUCGUCACACGAUUUUCAAUUACAUUUAGAUUCGCAUCAUCAUGACUCAUCACAAAAAAAUCUUCAUCAACCUCCCUCACCUCCAAAAUCGAAUCUCUCAUUAGAACAACCUGUCAGUUCUGUACUCGACGACAAUAUGGAAGUCGAUGACGAUGAUGAACAUCGAUUAAACAUCGAUGACUCUAAAGAACAAAAUACAACAAUAUUUGAGCACGAUGAACAAAGCUCGGAAGAUGAACAAAAUCCUUCUACUGGUUUGAAUAAGAAACUUAAUCUAUCCGUUACUUCAUCUCACUCACGUACAACACCAUCACAACAACAAGCAUCGUCCUUUGGAUCUGAUCGUAAGCGUCCCUACAACGUUUCAGUUGAUCCUGCACGAUACCGCCGUGUGCCUGAUCCUGAUGAUGCCAAUUCAGUAAAAUUCGCCUGUUCACUAUGUGGUAAUCUCUAUAAAUGGAGAAAGAGUUUAAAUAAACAUUGGAAAGAAAAACAUAACGACGAAGAAGCACCACCACUCGACGCACCUGUGACAAUCCGUCCUUCGAAAUUAUCUCAUUCAAAAACGUUGACUUCAGUCACAUCAGACAUGUUACCUACAUCAUUAGAUCCCAAUUCAUCUCAACAACAUCCUGCUUUUCCUUUCAGUCCUUACGCUUGGUUCAAACUAGCAACAAAUAUAUCAACAAACUUACCCACUGAUCAGUCACCAUUGGACCUUCGAAUUAAAGCGACAGAACAUCCCGAAAGUGAAGAAGACGACGGAAAAGAAAGUUCAGACGAUGCAUCAUCAUCUAGUCCACAAAAUUCCUAUGGACAGAAGAUCUUCAUUUGUUCGAUAUGCGACCAACGUUUCCUAUCGAUUGAAUUAGUGAAUGAACAUUUUGCACAAAAUCACCUUCAUGAAUUAGAAAAUGAAAUAGCUGGUAAAUCGCCACCGAGAAAUACAAAUGUGGCACAGCAAAAUGAAGAAUGGAAUUUGAGUGAUCCUGUCAAUCCAUUAAAAUGUAUUCAAUGUGAUUUUGUUGGCCGAUGGCCAACUGAACUUCAAAAACAUGCAGCAUCACAUUCAACAUCUAGACCAUUCAAAUGUCUCGUUUGUUCGCUGACUUAUAAAUGGCGAUGGGACUUAGCUAAACAUUGGGAUCGUGCGCAUGCCAGUGGAGUCAAAGGUACAACGUUAAUCAAUCCAUAUAAAAAACGUGAUCGUGACCAAGCAAGAUCCAUGAUGGACAUACCGGCGAAUUUAUCAGCAAAAGUAUCAACAAAUCUCGAUCGUCAUUCAAUUAGUUCAUCGACAUCAAAUGAGAACGUAAUGAAAUUGAAUUUCGAUCAGCAUUCGGACGAUGAACAAAGUCAAAAUUCUAUACUUUCCGACAAUGAAGAUGAACAAAAUCAUGUUAAAAGACUUAAACAGAACGAUGACAAACGGUUAUUCCUUCCACCACCACCACCUGUACCAUCGAUGCCUUCUUCAAUACCGCCAUCAAUGUAUUUCCCAUCUGCAUUCUUCCCGCACCAUCCAAUGUUUUCAUCGUUCAUUAAUCCUUCGUUAUUACUUCAACCCAAAUUUAACUAUUCAGCACGAAUGCCUGCUCUAUCAAUGAAUCCAAACUUGGAUUUACUGAAACAAGCAUCUGCCUUUAUGCAACAAUCAUCAUCGCCACACUCAUCACGAUCUUCAUCAUCUUCAUCGCCACAUCCACCCUCACCUUCUCAGCAGCACCAGCAGCGGCAACAACAACAACGCAUGAACGCUGUUGCUGCAAUGGUAGCUGCAGGCGGUAGUACAAAUAGUAAUACUAGUUCUCAUCUUCUUCGCCAACAACAACACCAACGCCGAGUUGAAAAAGAAGACAGAAAUUUUCAAUGUCGCUGGUGUGACUAUCGUGGAAGGUGGAGAAGUGAACUGAUCCAACACAUGCGAUGUCACCAUGCUAAAGACAAACCAUACCAUUGUUCAGCAUGUCCAUAUGCUUCCAGUUGGAAAUGGGAUGUUCAGAAACACGUGAAAAAGCAACAUGCUCAUGAUGCUGCAAAGAUUGUCGAAUUGCCUGAUAAAUAUCUCUUUCAAACAACUUUGAAAGCGAAAUACGAAGGAACAGACGAUCGUAGUUUAGCACCAACGCCAUUAACCGAAGAGGAUUACACACAUUUCGGUGCUGAUGUACAAGAAAAGCUUUCUUCAAUAAAAUAUACACGUGACCGAACAUUAUCUUGUCAACAAUGUCCAUUUGCUGCGAACUCUAUGGCUGAAUUACGUCGUCAUUUGAUUGUUCAUUCUGCUGAAAGUCCAUAUCAUUGUUUCAAUUGUAACUACAAAUCAAAAUGGAAAUGCGAUGUGAAGAAACAUAUGAAGAUUUGCAAUCAUCACGGUCCAGUGCUGGUCGGACGUAAAGCAAUGGCCAAAGUCAUGGAGAGUCUUGGUUUGGUAAUCGAUAGCAAUGGAGCGAAUUCAUCGGAAAAAGUGUUCGAACAAAAAUCGUUGGAUGAUGAAGAAGAAGAUGAAAUAAUUGUGGAUGAAAAUCAACAGGAAGAAGCGAAUGAAAAACAAAAGAUCAACAGUCGUUCGCAAAACAAUCAUCUACGUUGUCGACAAUGUGACUACGAAGCUAACGAUCUCUGUGAUCUACUUUCUCAUCGAAAAAAUCAUGCGUUGGCCAAGACGCACGUCGACACCGAUAAAAAAUAUAAUAGCGACAUUGAAAAUGACGACAACAAUCAAUCAGAACAAAUCUUUGAUUAUGGUAUGUCAAGUCCAAUCUUCUCGAAGAAAUGCUUCUAUAUUGAAUUUCUAGAGAUGGAAUGGCUGGAAAACAAUCCCUUGGUAAAACAAUUCACUACUGUUCAUGAGAAAACUCGAUCAAUUCUCUAUCAAUGUUCAAAAUGUAACUACCAAACAAACAAUAACCAUCAACAUUUCCUCAACCAUAUCGAUCACCAGCACCCGAACUUAUUAGAAGAUCAAAUGUAA